GUGCCCGAGAGCGUCCCCUGCCUCCGACCGGCGCGCAGACCUCCGCCCCUGGAGGCGCUCCGCCGCCCGCCACCGUCCUCGGGGGUCGUCGCCCGGCAGCUCGCCUCGACGGGCCCGGCCGGCCGCGGCCGGGGAGGACAACAUGAGUCGGGGGGCCCGCCGGGCAGGCGCCGGGCAGGGGGCGGCGGCCGCGGUGCAGCUGCUGGUUUCCCUCAGCUUCCUGCCGCGCGUCGUCGAGGCCCAGGUGGUUGGAGUUCUGGACGAUUGCCUAUGUGAUAUUACCAGCAUUGACAAUUUCAAUACCUACAAAAUCUUCCCCAAAAUAAAACAAUUGCAAGAGCGAGACUAUUUUCGUUAUUACAAGGAAAGUGGAAUGCAGCCUUGCCAAGGUGGAUCUCUUCAGCUGAGGUUGUCUGCCUUCAACAUUUCCAGAAGCUAG